ACACUGCGUCGCCACAUGUGAGAUACCGCUCAUUAAGUUGAGCAACAGUUGUUUUUCGACUCUUCGCCUGCAAUUACGACUAAUCGUCGCCAAAUUUUUUAGAUUUUGUAUAUAUAAUCUAUAAUAUAUACAACCCAAAAGAUGGCCAGCAACUACGAGGGUUAUAAGUCGCCUUUGAGCACCCGGUAUGCCAGUAAAGAGAUGCAGUUCCUCUUCAGCGACCAGAACAAGUUCUCCACCUGGCGCCGGUUGUGGGUGUGGCUAGCGAAGGCGGAGAGCAGACUAGGACUGGCGAUCAGCGAUUCCCAAAUUGCCGAGUUGGAGCAACAGAUCAGUAAUAUUGAUUUUGAUGAGGCUGCCGCCGAGGAGCGUCUCACGCGUCAUGAUGUGAUGGCCCACGUCCACGUCUUCGCUAAACAGUGCCCAUCUGCUGCUCCGGUGAUCCAUUUGGGAGCCACCUCGUGCUACGUGGGUGACAACACGGAUUUGAUUGUUCUGCGGGAUGCCCUUAAACUGUUGCUUCCACGGGUGGCCAGUGUGAUUGCCCGACUUAGCCAGUUUGCCCAGAGCUACAAAGAUCAGCCCACGCUCGGAUUCACUCAUCUUCAGCCUGCUCAGUUGACCACGGUGGGCAAGCGAGCCUGUCUGUGGAUUCAGGAUCUGAUCAUGGAUGAGCGAGCACUGUCCCGCUGCCUAGAGGAUUUGCGCUUCCGGGGUGUCAAGGGAACCACUGGUACCCAAGCCUCGUUCCUUCAGCUCUUCAAUGGAGACGGUGAGAAGGUAAAGCAGCUGGAUCUGUUGGUCACCGAAUUGGCUGGUUUCAAGAAGGCCUAUGCUGUAACUGGUCAAACCUAUUCCCGAAAGGUGGAUGUGGAGAUCGUAGGCGCCCUUUCCAGCCUCGGCACCACCAUCCACAAGAUGUGCUCCGAUCUGCGAAUCUUGGCCUCUCGCAAGGAACUGGAGGAGCCCUUCGAGACUACCCAGAUUGGUUCCUCGGCCAUGCCGUACAAGAGGAACCCUAUGCGAUCAGAGCGCUGUUGCGCCCUUGCCCGUCACCUUAUCACCUUGUUCAGCAGUGCCGCUAAUACCCAUGCCACUCAGUGGCUCGAGCGUACUCUGGAUGACUCGGCCAACAGGCGGUUGACCCUUUCCGAGGCCUUCUUGGCUGCCGAUGCUGCCUUGCUGACCUUACUGAACAUCUCACAGGGAUUGGUGGUCUACCCGAAGGUAAUUGAGCGGCACAUUGGUCAGGAGUUGCCUUUUAUGUCUACGGAGAACAUUAUUAUGGCUAUGGUGAAGGCUGGCGGAGAUCGUCAAGUGUGCCACGAAAAGAUUCGUGUGCUGUCCCAAGAGGCCGGAGCCCAGGUGAAGCAGCAUGGCAAGGAUAACGACCUUGUAGAUCGAGUGCGCAAGGACCCUUACUUCUCGCCUAUUUUGGAGCAGCUGGAUACUAUUCUGGAUGCCAAGACCUUUACCGGACGAGCCAGUGACCAAGUCGGCGAGUUUAUCAAGGAAGAGGUGGAACCCGUGCUGGCACGCUACUCUGAAGCCUUGAAGAACGUUCAAGACGUCAAGCUGAACAUCUAGACGUCCAUUAUGUUGCCCUGUUUUAAUACUAUAAGUUUGAUUUCGUAAAUAUACACGAACAUUCGCACCUAAUCAACUGCGUCAGCCAUUGGAUGCAGUCAACAUUA